AAAAGAUAAGGAAAAACCCUUAAAAAUUUGAUUUUUUUUCUCGAUCGCUCCUUCUUCGGAGAGAAGCCGCGGAUCGGAGGAGAUCGGAGCUCUGUAAUGGCGGCGUCGAGGUAUUGGAUGGUGUCUCUCCCCGUCCAGAACUCCGCUUCGUCCCUGUGGAGUCGCCUCCAGGAAUCCAUCUCCAAGCGAUCGUUUGAUACCCCUCUCUAUCGAUUCAAUGUGCCUAAUCUUCGUGUUGGAACGCUGGAUUCGCUCCUCUCUCUCAGUGACGAUCUCUUGAAGUCGAAUAGUUUUAUCGAGGGAGUUUCGCAUAAGAUCCGGAGGCAAAUCGAGGAGCUGGAGAAGGCUUCGGGCGUUGAAGGCGGCGCUCUCACUGUGGAUGGGGUGCCUGUGGAAACGUAUCUCACGAGGUUUGUUUGGGAUGAAGCGAAGUACCCCACUAUGUCUCCUCUUAGAGAGACUGUUGAUAAUAUUCAUGUUCAAAUAGCCAAAAUAGAGGAUGAUUUGAAGGUUCGAGCUGCAGAGUAUAACACUGUUCGCAGUCAGCUUAACGCGAUAAAUAGAAAGCAAACUGGAAGCUUAGCUGUUCGUGAACUCUCUGAUUUAGUGAAGCCUGAGGAUAUCAUCACCUCGGAGCAUUUAGUGACUCUUCUUGCAGUUGUUCCCAAAUACUCUCAAAAGGACUGGUUAUCAAGCUAUGAAACACUGGCUACUUAUGUGGUGCCUAGGUCAUCAAAGAAGUUGCAUGAGGACAAUGAAUAUGCACUAUACACUGUAACACUGUUUCGAAGGAUUGCUGACAAUUUUAAAACAAGUGCUCGUGAGAAAGGAUUUCAGAUUCGUGAUUUUGAAUACAGUCCUGAAGCACAUGACGAUCGGAAGAAAGAACUACAGAAAUUGAUGCAAGAUCUGGAAAACAUGAGGAGUUCUCUUCUGCAGUGGUGUUAUGCAAGUUAUGGGGAGGUAUUUAGCUCCUGGAUGCACUUUUGUGCUGUGCGCAUUUUUGCAGAGAGCAUUCUCAGAUACGGUUUGCCACCGUCAUUCUUGUCUGCAGUUUUAGCUCCAUCUCUCAAAGCUGAGAAGAAGGUUCGCUCAAUCUUGUCAGAGCUUUGCGGAGAUGCCAGCAACUCCCUUUGGGCAUCUGAAGAAGAUGCGAGUUUAGCUGGGCUGGGAGGUGAAGCCGACGCUUACCCUUACGUCUCGUUCACAAUAAAUAUCAUAUGAUAUACUUCAUCCAAACGGAAUGAAUUGUCAUUCAUCAGUUCAUUUCUGAGUUUGAUCAUCUAUUUUUUGUUUGCCAGCGGUAACAAUGAAAUGGGCAAAGAGACAUAAUUUAUUUAUCUUGUAUAUUAAGCAUAAGUUGCCUUGCCCAAAUUCUUUUCCAGUGUAUUUUAUAUAUUGCGAGGAUUUUGAUCCUGGACUUCAUUGAUUACUGUGACUAGAGCUUUUUAUGAAGCUGUCUCUAGUCUUAUGAACCCGGGAUUCUUGUAUUUUUGCUUUGUACUUGGAGGACUGUCAUUGUGAUGCUGAAUGCAAGAAUAAAUUGAUUACCGUACAGUUUAUUAAUUCUUUCA